AUGGCUGCCGCUUUCGAUGAGGAAGAUCUUUCGAUCCCCUUGCCCACCUCCGACCCUGAUCGUCCGCGUGAGCGUGCCAACAGGUCGGCAAGUUCCAACCCCUCUGCCAUGGCAAUGCCGCCGCCACCGUCACGCCCGUCCGCCAAGGCCGAAGCUGCGAUGCAGUCUCCGGCGACUACAAGAGAUAUGCAACGACUCGACCAGUACCAGACGAUUAAGAUACUAGGUGAAGGAUCAUUCGGAAAGGUGAAGCUUGCUAUUCACCAGCCGAGUGGUCGGCAGGUGGCUCUCAAAAUCAUAUCUAGACGCAAGUUAUUGUCCCGGGACAUGGUCGGUCGUGUUGAACGAGAGAUUCAGUAUCUUCAAUUGCUGAGGCAUCCUCAUAUUAUCAAACUCUACACCGUUAUUGCCACCAAGACCGACAUUGUGAUGGUCCUCGAGUACGCCGAGCGAGAAUUGUUCGAUUAUCUAGUGCGAAAAGGAAAAUGCCACGACGACGAAGCUCGAAAAUUCUUCCAGCAAAUUAUCUGUGCUGUCGAAUAUUGCCACCGACACAAGAUCGUUCACCGUGAUCUCAAGCCUGAGAACCUGCUCAUCGAUAGCCAAAAGAAUGUCAAAAUUGCUGAUUUUGGAUUGAGUAAUAUUAUGACGGACGGCAACUUCUUGAAGACCAGUUGUGGUAGUCCCAAUUAUGCAGCUCCAGAGGUCAUCUCUGGAAAGCUUUAUGCAGGUCCUGAGGUGGACGUAUGGAGUUGUGGUGUGAUUCUAUACGUGUUAUUGGUUGGCAGACUGCCCUUUGACGAUGAUUAUAUUCCAGCUCUCUUCAAGAAGAUCGCAGCAGGCAACUUCCACGUCCCCAGCUACAUUUCUCCCGGCGCCGCUCGGUUGAUUCGGGCCAUGCUUCAAGUUCAUCCAGUUCACAGAAUCACUAUCCCCGAGAUCCGACAGGACCCUUGGUUCACCAAGAACCUUCCCAAGUACCUUGAACCUCCACCAGAAGAGUUUAUCGCACCGGGCGUCGAUCCGAAUAAGGCGAUCGACUCUAAUAAGCUCGCACCGGGGAAGCCGCUCCCUGUCCAGCAGAAAAUCCACCAAAUCGCUGUGUCGAAGCUCGAGCGAAGCAUGGGAUACGAACGUGAGGAUAUUGAAGAUGCAUUGAGGCACCCAGAGCCCAGUGCGAUUAAGGAUGCAUUCUCUAUCGUUGUUGAAAAUGAGAUGAUGCAAACGAACUCUCCCACUGAGGAAAAUCUGAUGUCCUCGCCCGUACAACCUCAACCAAAAGGACCCGCACAGCCAAAAGCCGAAAAAGAACCCGCUGCCCCCAAGGUUCAGGCCCCUCCUGCUCCGGUCGUUGCUCGGACCCCAAGUGUAUCACGGCGCCUUCGUCCAGAAGAGUCUCAGCAAACCGACGCAGAAGGCUUCGAAGAGCCACGUCCUAGUCACGUCCGAAUCCUUCCUACCAGUCUCCCUUAUGUGCACGAUCAACUUAUGGAACAGCGGAAUAGAGAGCAACGGGCUCGAGACGAUGAAGUACGCCGAAAGGAAGCUGCUCGAAUCGAGGCACAGGGCCACGGUAGACCCGGCGAAAUGUCUCCCGAAGAACAAGCGGCGACAGCUCGGGCACUGAAACCCCAUGCUCGCAGUAUAAUUGAUCUGGAUAAAUUACGACUGGAACCACCAAUUGGUCACCCUAUUUCACAGCAACCUCCCAAGAGAUCUCGCAAGUGGCAGUUCGGUAUUCGUUCACGCAACCAACCUUACGAAGCCAUGUUGUAUCUAUAUCGAGCGAUCGCUGCCCAGGGCGGUGUCUGGGACGUCCAGCCCGUUGAUUCAGGCACUAAUAUCGGACCAGAUGCAACACCUUCCCCUGACAAGCCCAAGCCACUUCAGAAUAAAUACCCUGAUCUUCCUUCGGACUACUAUAUUCCCAAAGACCCUUGGUUCAUCCGUGCACGUCUAUUGAAAGAGGGCAUCAAGGCCCCGGGGGCUAAUACCAGUGUCUUCAAUAGCCGCAGUGACCUUGAAGAGCUGCGACGCCGGUUCCAUAUUUCAGGAAUCUCCAUUCCAUUCGAGGACAAGGAGCCCAAGUAUUCCACGCCAGAGAACAGUGCACCUUCUGCGCCCUCCUCUGCCACACAACCCGGUGCUCUUACCGGCUUCUCACACGGCGUGUGGGUGUUUGUUGAUAUUCAAUUGUACCAAUUGGAAGAGAAUAACUACAUGGUUGAUUUCAAAUGCGAUGGAUACCAGAAUGUCAUUCGUGCUCAUGGCGAUCACGAAUGGACUCCCAUCAGCAAACGGCUGAAGAACAAGGAGAAGGAGGUCACUAGUCCUUAUCCAUUCUUGGAUGUUGCUUCUGACCUUGUGGCUCAACUGGCUGUCGCCAGCUAA